AUGGAGGAAGAAAUAUUACCGAAUACUUCUGGGGAAGCAUUGACGAUUGCUCCAAAUGUAUAUGACACUGCAAAACUCCAGGAGCAUCUUAGUAAACUUCUCCCUUUGCUCUUGGAUGUUGAUAAGGCGGAAUUAGAAGACUCAGUAUGGUCCUCGGAGGAAAACAUUAAAAAAUUGGAACGCUUCGCUAUUGAACCACAGUUUCCUAAUUUAUAUGUUGUAAAAACCAAGAAAGAGACUGAUAAGGAGAAAAAAGACGAACCGCUCUCGGAGCCACAUUCGGAUCCAUCUUCUGAACCGUCUUCGGGACCGCAAGUUUACGAAUAUUCCCUGAUCCAGGAACUCAAUUAUGAUCCAAACAAUGUUGCAUGUGUCGCAGUCAUUAAACAAGGGGCCACUUUAGAUGCUAAUCGCACCAUUCAAUCACAAAUUCAAGUUGUUAAUUUACCUGGCCCAUCUACCAAUGAUACUGGAGCGGCUGAUGUGAGUCCGUAUGAAGCCUUAUAUUCUUACAUUCACUCGGCUGUCACUCCUUAUUUCGAUGCCUAUGUCAUCGCGAAAGGCACAAAUCACGAAGGUGUCCAAAGGAAGUUUGAUGAUUCUAAAUCUAGCAUUUCUAUGGCAAAGAAGAAGAUUAUCGAACUAGAAUUAGCACUCCUCAAUCUGCAACAAAAUGUUGAAAUUCCCGAAAUAACUCUUAACAUCCAUCCCAUCGUUCAAGACGUUAUUGAGAAGUGUAAACGAGAAAAUAAACGUGUUACCGUAGACAUGAUCGAUACUUCAAUUAUCGAUUCUGUAUUCUUAAAUAAACUUCAAGGGGAUGUAUAUGGUUGGGUUAAAGAGAUCCAAAAGGUUACAAAAUUAUCACGUGAUCCAUCGAAUGGUACAGCAAUCCAGGAAAUAAACUUCUGGUUAGGAAUGGAAACUGCCCUUGAAGAUAUUAACGAACGUCUUAAAAGUGAUGAAAUCGUUCUCACUAUGGAUAUUCUCAAACAUGCUAAACGUUAUCUUGCCACAGUAUCCUUUAUGGCCGAUACGGGGUUGAAGGUUGCUAUGGAAAAAGUACAUAAAUACAAUCAACUGAUGAAAGAUUUUCCUCUUAACGAACUUUUAUCUGCGCCUGAUGUGACGAGAGUAAAAGAAGCCUUGCAUGAUAUAUUUGAUCAUUUUAAAAAAAAAUUGAAAUUAUCUCCAUACCCUAUUAAGAACGCUCUUCUUCUCGUUGAAGCCAUCUCGCGUGAUUUAAAUGAGCAAUUACUUAAGGUGCUAGCCGUUCGUAGAUUGAUGUACAUGGAAUAUGACGAAUUCGAAAAAAUAAUGUCCGGCGCCGAAGAAGUGUUUGGAACUUGGGAUGAAAUGAUUAAAGAUUUUACGAACGUUGCACGCGAAGUUACGCGUAAACGUUCAGAAAAAUUCAUUCCAAUUAAAAUUACCCCAGCGCAUGAUAAACUUGAAGAACGUGUUGCUUUUGUGCGAAGUUUCAGAAAGCAACACGAACAACUCUACCAGACGAUUAUUAAAGUCAUGUCACAACCUAAAGGAAAUGCCAAGAUUGUUGUUGAAGGGAGCGACAACGUAGUACAGCAAGAAUCAGAGAAUGUUAACAUUAAUGAUAUUAACUCUUUAGAGGAAGUAAAGUUGGCUUAUGAGAGCGUUAAGGACAUUGAUGUGCUAGAUGUAUCGAUUGAAGGUACUGAGAUCUGGAUGCAAGCAGAAAAUGCUUAUAAUGAACGUGUUUCCAGAGUUGAAAAUCAAAUUAUCGCGAGUUUAAGAGAUCGUCUCGGUACUUGCAAGAAUGCCAACGAAAUGUUCCGCGUAUUCUCUAAAUUCAACGCAUUGUUCGUUAGACCAAAGAUUCGCGGUGCCAUUCAAGAAUAUCAAACACAACUAAUUGAAUCAGUCAAAGAUGAUAUUGCCAAGCUUCAAGAUAAAUUUACAAGGCAAUAUCUCAAAUCCGAGGCUAAUCACAUGGCUCAGCUUCGUGACCUUCCAGCUAUUUCUGGGGCUAUGAUUUGGGCUCGUCAGAUCGAACGUCAAUUGCAAACUUACAUGAAGCGUGUUGAGGACGUUCUUGGUAAAGGUUGGGAAAAAUAUGCUGAGGGUCAAAAAUUACAAAACGAAAGUAAUAACUUUAAAAGAAAAUUGGACACCAGACCCAUUUUUGAAGCUUGGCACAAGGACUUUACCGAUCGCCGUGAACUUAAUGUAUCUGGCAGGUUAUUUGAAAUCACGAGAAACCGCGCUCAAGGAAACAUUCUUCAAUUAGGAGUAAAUUUCGAUCCUCAAAUCAUCACCUUAUUCAAAGAAGUACGAAAUUUGUUGUGGUUGAACCACCAGGUUCCACAUGCGAUUAGUAGCCUUGCAAAGGUUGCUAAACGUGUAUAUCCUUUUGCCGUUAGUCUUAUGGAGACGGUCAGAACUUACGCCCAAACUGUACAAAAAGUAAAAAAACAUCCCGAUAUUAUAAUGCUAGUGGCUAGUUAUCGUAAUGAUGUGCAAGCAAUGAUUGCAAAGGGCAUUAAUUAUGAAUGGCGAUACUUUGUAGAAACAUAUGAUCGUAAUUUCCGCCCAAAUAUGCAUCUUCCUGGUGGCACACUGGAUCCACCCGAGAAUAAGCAUGAUAAGUUUGUCAGGGAUUUUGCCAGCAGCGUGUCCAACUUUCAAGAUAAAAUAGAUGCUUUAAUCAAUAGUUAUGAUGACAUCACUCGUCAUAUUGAGGACCUAAAAACGUGUGCUUACAGGAAAGAAAAAUUCAGUUCAAAUCUAGAUAAAAUCCAGAAAUUGAUCGAUCGUUUAAAUUUCGAAGCGUAUUCAAAUCUCAACGUUUGGGUCUCACAACUUGACAAACGUGUUGAGGCGAUACUAGUCUAUCGUUUGCAACACGCCAUCGCUUCGUGGACCACUGAAUUUGUGGCAUCCGGUGAUGAAUCAACAAACUCCGGCGAAGUUAGAGAAGCCGUUUCGGUUACUGGUAAACGUAUCAAUGCUAAGAAGAAGAGUCAUAGAAAAGAUUCUAUGGACGGCGAUAGACCGACGAUCACCAAAGCGGAGAAGCCCAACCUUGAGGUCUCUAUUCAUGAAGUUCGGAUUCGUAAUCAAGUAAUUUAUUUGGAUCCACCAAUUGAGGAGGCCCGAACGAAGUGGUACAAUCAAUUACACAAAUGGCUUUCCGUCGUGUGCAAUUUACCAAGACUCCAAAGCUCUCGAUAUGAGAUUAACUUACAAGUUAGGAGUUCAGCUUCUCAGGAGACAACAUACUCUGACCUAUUGACCCAAAUCCCCGAUAACUCACUAGGAAAAGCUUAUGAUGUGAUCGAAAACAAAUUAAAGGAGGUCUCUCAGUACGUAAACAUUUGGUUCCAAUUCCAGUCACUUUGGGAUCUCGAGGCCAGUCAUGUAUAUUCUUUGCUUGGUGACGAUCUCGCCAAGUGGAAACAGAUUCUUGCCGAGAUUAAGAAGUCUCGUUCUACAUUCGACACGUCUGACACCGCACGUUCAUUCGGUCCUAUUGAGGUUGACUACGAACAAGCUCAAAGUAAAGUUAAUGCAAAAUAUGAUGCUUGGCAAAAAGAAAUUCUCAACAAGUUCGGUGAAAAGCUCGGCGAUUUUAUGAAAGAUUUUCACACAAAUGUAUCGCAUGCUCGUAAGGACCUUGAAAACCGUUCCAUGGAAAGCAAUAGCACUAGUGAAGCAGUCGGGUUGAUUACAUUUGUACAAGAGCUUAAGCUCAAAGUUGCCAAAUGGCACCAAGAUGUUGAGAUGUUCCGUGAAGGUCAGAAAACAUUGGAGAAACAGAGAUAUCAAUUUCCUAGCGAUUGGCUCUACGUAGAUCAGGUUGAAGGAGAAUGGAGUGCAUUCAAUGAAAUAUUGAACAGAAAGGAUAAUGCAAUUCAAGAACAAAUUGCCGAAUUACAAAAGAAGAUUGUUGAUGAAGAUACGAUUGUGGAGAAGGAAAUUGAAAUAAUUGUUACAGAAUGGAAUGACAAAAAACCAAUUCAAGGGGAUACCAAGCCUUCUAUCGCGAUAGACACUCUAAGUGACUUUAAAGGUCGCGUUACCAAGCUUAAGGAGAAAUACGAUACGGUUUGUCGUGCAAAAGAAGCUCUUAACAUGGCUUUGGUCUCGGAGGCUCGUCUUGAACCUGUUCGUGAAGAACUCGAAGAUCUCCAGUCGGUGUGGAACGCUCUUUCCGAUGUCUGGAAAUCUAUUGAUAAAAUUAAAGAAUUGUUAUGGUCUUCGGUAGUUCCACGUAAAAUUAGGCAACAAUUGGAUGGCCUUCUCACCACCACCAAAGAAAUGCCGAAUCGAAUGCGAACUUAUGCUGCUUUCGAAUAUGUUCAGGACACUAUAAAACAGUAUAUUAAAAUUAAUCCAAUACUCGUUGAACUUAAAUCUGAGGCAUUGAAAGAACGCCACUGGAAACAGUUGUUCAAAGUUCUUCCUAUGCGUUCUCACUUCCUAUUUUCUGAAAUGACGGUUGGCCAUAUCUGGGAUUUCGAUCUGAAGAAAAAUGAGCAAGUCAUAAAAGACGUAGUAACACAAGCCUCUGGUGAAAUGGCUCUGGAAGAAUUCUUGAAACAGGUCAAAGAAACGUGGACCAAAUAUGCCUUGGAACUUGUCCAGUAUCAAAAUAAAUGCAAACUUAUUAAAGGUUGGGACGAAUUGUUCACCAAAAGCAGUGAAAAUCUUAAUUCAUUAACUGCCAUGAAGAUGUCACCCUACUAUAAAACUUUUGAGGAGGACGCAUCAGUUUGGGAAGACAAGUUAAACCGCGUUCAUGUCUUAUUUGAUGUGUGGAUUGAUGUUCAACGCCAAUGGGUGUAUUUGGAGGGUAUUUUUAGCGGAAGUGCCGACAUAAAACACCUACUUCCAGUUGAGACGCAACGUUUCCAAAAUAUUAACACGGACUUUGGGGCAGUAAUGAAGAAAGUCAAUAAAAAUCCGUUUGUUCUUGAUGUUUUAAAUAUUCCUAAUGUUCAAAAGUCUUUGGAGCGUUUGGCCGAUUCUUUAUCCAAGAUUCAGAAGGCUCUUGGUGAAUAUUUGGAACGUCAGCGUUCAACUUUUCCUCGAUUCUACUUUGUUGGUGAUGAAGACUUGCUUGAAAUUAUUGGUAACAGCAAAGAUGUCGUUCGUAUCCAAAAACACUUCAAGAAAAUGUUUGCUGGUAUUUCUAAUAUUGUUUUGAACGAGGACAACACCGUUAUCCUUGGUAUGUCUUCUCGUGAAGGUGAAGAGGUUCCUUUCAAGAAGCCAAUUGUUCUAAAAGAUUAUUCGAGAAUCAAUGAUUGGUUAACCGAGAUCGAAACUCAAAUGAGAGUAUCUCUUGCUGAGUGUUUGUCUGAGGCGAUGAAAAAAUUGGGCGAUUUUUACUUGAAAGAAGAAUUAGAUACAAAUUUAUUCCUGGAAUGGAUAGAAAUAUUCCCGGCCCAGUUGGUCGUAGUUGCCAUACAAAUUAUUUGGACUCGAUCUGUUAAUGAAGCACUUGAAACCAUAGAAAAAGAUAAACUUCCUGAACUGACACCAAUGAAAGGAUCUCUUGAUUACGUAUUACGAGCAUUAGAUGUGUUAGCCGAUACUGUGCUUCAGGAUCUGCCUUCUACAAAACGUAAAAAGUGUGAACACUUGAUUACCGAGCUUGUGCAUCAACGUGAUCUUCUUCGUCAAUUAAUCAGCAACAAGAUUUCUUCAAAUAAGAACUUUGAAUGGCUUUAUCAAAUGAGAUUCUACUUUGAUGAUAAUGUGGAAGAUCCAUUAAAACGCCUGAACAUUAAAAUGGCCAAUGCACAGUUCUACUAUGGCUACGAAUACCUUGGAGUUCCUGACCGUUUGGUACAGACUCCUCUUACUGAUAGGUGUUACUGUACUCUCACUCAGGCACUUGAGGCAAGGUUAGGAGGUUCUCCAUUUGGUCCGGCAGGUACUGGAAAAACGGAAUCAGUCAAAGCCUUGGGUGUACAGCUUGGUAGAUUUGUCCUUGUAUUCUGUUGUGACGAAAAUUUCGAUUUCCAAGCUAUGGGCCGUAUUUUCGUCGGUUUAUGUCAAGUGGGUGCGUGGGGAUGCUUUGACGAGUUUAACCGUCUCGAGGAAAGAAUCUUGUCCGCUGUAUCUCAACAGGUUCAAACCAUACAACUUGGUCUCAAGGCUGCCGUAACUAACCCGAAUGCAGAGGUCGAAAUCGUCGGCAAGAGUCUAAAAGUAAACGCCAAUACCGGUAUAUUUAUCACAAUGAAUCCUGGCUAUGCUGGACGUUCAAAUUUGCCUGACAAUCUGAAGAAAUUGUUCCGUAGCAUGGCCAUGACAAAACCUGAUCGCGAGUUGAUCGCACAAGUCAUGUUGUACUCUCAAGGUUUCCGUACUGCCGAAAUUCUCGCUUCAAAAGUGGUUCCAUUGUUCAAUCUUUGUGCCGAACAACUUUCUCCGCAAGCACAUUACGACUUUGGUCUUCGAGCUCUAAAAAGUGUGCUUGUGAGUGCUGGUAACUUGAAACGGGAACGUCUUCAAUCCCUUAGAGCUUCAAACGCCGAUCAAUCAGAGUAUUCUAGAAUUUCGGAGCCUAUACCGGAACAAGAAAUCUUAAUUCAAAGUAUUAGAGAAACCAUCGUACCUAAGCUCGUUUCAGACGAUAUUCCUUUAUUAACCAGUUUGCUUGCCGAUGUGUUCCCCGGUGUGGAUUACGUUCCGGUGGAUCUUGAUAAACUUAUGGCUGAAAUUAAAAAUGUGUGCGCCGAGAAACGCCUUCUUGAUGGUGAAAUGUGGAUGGAGAAGGUGCUUCAACUCUAUCAGAUUCAAAACAUACAUCACGGUCUCAUGAUGGUUGGGCCUUCCGGUUCUGGUAAAUCUCUUGCAUGGCAAGUUCUUCUAGAAGCUUUAGAACGCGUGGGAGGAAAAGAAGGUGUAUCAUAUGUUAUAGAUCCUAAGGCGGUUUCCAAAGAUGCUCUUUAUGGUACUUUGGACCCAACAACUCGUGAAUGGACCGAUGGUUUGUUCACUCAUAUUUUACGUAAAAUCAUUGAUAAUGUUCGUGGUGAAAGUCUUAAAAGGCAUUGGAUUAUUUUCGAUGGCGAUGUUGAUCCCGAGUGGGUAGAAAAUUUGAACUCCGUUCUAGAUGAUAACAGAUUAUUAACAUUACCGAAUGGAGAGCGUCUUAGUCUUCCAUCAAAUGUUCGUAUCAUGUUUGAGGUGGAAAAUCUGAAAUACGCCACUUUGGCUACUGUUAGUCGUUGCGGUAUGGUGUGGUUCUCUUCGGAAGUAGUUACACUUAAGAUGAUCUUUCAUAAUUAUUUGGAAAAUCUGAAAAAUGUGCCUUUGGACGAUAGCGAGGAAGAGGGGUCUCCUAAUCGUAGAAGUGAUGGAUCUGAUGAUUCUGUCACUCCUCAUCUUAGCACACAACGAGAGAUCGCCAAUAUUCUUGGAAAACAUAUGACCGACGAAGGCUUUGUCACAAAAUCUCUUUAUUAUGCCGAAAAAUUGGAUCACAUCAUGGAUUUCACCCACAUGCGUGUUCUGAAUACCUUAUUCUCUUUGUUGAACAAAACCGUACGUAAUGUAAUCGAAUACAACAACAAUCAUCCAGACUUCCCAAUGACCGCUGAUCACUUGGAAUCCUAUGUCACAAAACGAUUGGUACUCGGUGUUAUCUGGAGUUUUUCGGGUGAUGCGAAAUUGGAUUUACGUGCGAAACUUGGCGAUUACGUUCGUGGAAUUACAACUGUCGAUUUACCACCUGCGCAAACCGGUUCAUCUGUUAUUGAUUUUGAUGUUCAAAUUAACAAUGGUGAAUGGCUCUCAUGGACUGGCAAGGUUCCAACCAUAGAAAUCGAAACUCAUACCGUCUCCGAAGCUGAUGUGGUUAUCCCUACAGUGGACACUGUGCGUCACGAGGAAGUAUUGUAUUCUUGGCUUUCCGAGCACAAGCCCCUUAUGCUCUGUGGUCCGCCAGGUUCCGGAAAAACAAUGACAUUAUUUAGCGCACUAAGAAAAUUGCCUGACAUGGAAGUAGUAGGUCUCAAUUUCUCCAGCGCGACCACCCCUGAAUUAAUUCUCAAGACGUUUGAACAGUAUUGUGAAUACCGUAAAACACCGAACGGGGUCAUCCUAUCACCUAAUUCUAUUGGCCGCUGGAUCGUGGUAUUUUGUGAUGAAAUCAAUUUGCCUGCUAGUGAUCAGUACGGUACCCAGCGGGUGAUUUCAUUUUUGAGGCAGUUGGUCGAGUAUAAUGGUUAUUGGAGAACCAGUGAUAAAUCAUGGGUUAAGCUUGAACGCAUUCAAUUUGUCGGCGCCUGUAAUCCCCCGACUGAUCCCGGUCGAGUUCCAUUGACUCACAGAUUCCUUCGUCACUCCCCGUUAGUCAUGGUGGACUAUCCUGGUGAAAUCUCUCUUAACCAAAUUUACGGUACCUUUUCUCGGGCUAUGCUUAAGGUCGUUCCUGCGCUUAGGGCCUACGCCGAACCUCUUACCGCCGCAAUGGUGGAACUUUAUCUCAUGUCACAAAAACAUUUUACUCCCGACAUUCAAGCUCAUUACAUAUACUCCCCUCGUGAACUGACUCGGUGGAUGAGGGGUAUAUUCGAGGCUAUUAAACCCAUGGAAACGCUCUCUCUUGAAGGAUUGGUUCGCAUUUGGGCGCACGAAGCUUUACGAUUAUUCCAGGAUCGUCUUGUCACCGAAGAAGAAAGGAAAUGGACUGAUGAUGCUAUUGACUCAAUUGCUAUGAAGCAUUUCCCCAACUUGAACCAAACAGAGGCACUAGGACGUCCAAUUCUAUUUUCCAAUUGGUUAAGUAAAACAUACAUUCCGGUGGAACGUGAGGAAUUACGUGAAUAUGUCAAGGCUCGUCUUAAAGUUUUUUAUGAAGAAGAGUUGGAUGUUCCGUUGGUAUUGUUCAACGACGUGUUGGAUCAUGUACUUCGUAUAGAUCGUGUAUUUAGGCAGAUGCAAGGACAUUUACUUUUGAUCGGUGUCAGUGGUUCAGGAAAAACUACACUCUCUAGAUUUGUUGCUUGGAUGAAUGGCUUAAACGUAUUCCAAAUAAAAGCUCACAAUAAAUACACCGGUGACGAUUUCGAUGAAGAUCUAAGAACAGUUUUGAGGAGAGCUGGUUGCAAAGGAGAAAAGAUUUGCUUUGUUAUGGAUGAGUCAAAUGUUCUGGAUUCCGGUUUUCUCGAACGCAUGAACACUUUACUGGCCAAUGCCGAGGUGCCAGGUCUAUUUGAAGGUGAUGAGUAUAGUACCUUAAUGACAAGUUGUAAAGAAGGUGCUCAAAGAGAUGGAUUGAUGUUGGACUCUCCCGAAGAAUUGUACAAAUGGUUCACACAGCAAGUUAUGAAGAAUCUACAUGUCGUGUUCACAAUGAACCCACCCGAAGGUGGUCUUGCUUCCAGAGCGGCGACAUCGCCAGCUUUAUUCAACCGAUGUGUUUUGGAUUGGUUUGGAGAUUGGUCCGAUCAAGCUUUCUUCCAGGUCGGAAUGGAAUUCACUCAGAAUUUGGAUUUGGAUCUACCUAGUUACAAACCACCGUCACGAUUCCCCGUUUCUUAUCGCGGAUUGCCACAAGAUCCUCCACAUCGCUACGCUAUCGUCAACGCCUUUGUCUAUGUGCAUCAAAGUCUUUAUGAGAUCAACGCUAAAUUAAGCAAAAGGCAGGGUCGUUACAAUUAUGUGACUCCUCGCCAUUACCUAGACUUCAUUAAUCAUUAUGUGCGCUUAUUUAAUGAAAAACGUGAAGAUUUGGAGGAACAACAACGUCACUUAAACGUCGGUUUGGAUAAGUUAAGGGAGACGGUCGUCACCGUUGAUGAACUCCGUAAAAGUCUAGACAUUAAAAACGCGGAACUUACGGCUAAAGAAAUUGAAGCUAACGAGAAAUUAAAGAAGAUGGUUGAGGAUCAACGAGAAGCGGAACAGCAAAAAAUUGCUUCCGUAGAAUUACAGGAGUCUCUUAAAGUUCAAACAAAGAUGAUCGACGAACGUCGAUCCGUCGUGUUAAAAGAUUUGGCCAAUGCAGAACCUGCAGUCGAGGAGGCCAAAAGGAGUGUGCAAGGCAUCAACAAAAAACAUCUCACGGAAGUGCGAUCUAUGGGUAAUCCCCCCGAACCUGUCAAAAUGGCAAUGAGUUCAGUGUGUGUAUUACUGGGACAUCCCGCAGAUAGCUGGAAAAUGGUUCAAGCUGCCAUUAAAAGAGAUGACUUUAUUUCUAGCAUUGUUCAAUUUGAUACUGAUGCCCGAAUGACAAAACCUAUGCGAGAAAAAAUGAAAAACGAGUACCUUAACAAACCGCAAUAUAAUUACGAACUAGUCAACAGGGCCAGUAAGGCUUGUGGUCCAUUGGUUAAAUGGGUAAUCGCGCAGGUUCAAUACUCUGAAAUUUUAUACAAGGUUGGUCCGUUGCGUAAUGAGGUGAACGAAUUGCAGAGUCAACUAGAGGAAACUAAACUAAAGGCCACAAGUCUUCAAAGGAUGAUUGAGGAUUUAGAAAAUAAGAUAUCAGUUUAUAAGGAAGAAUAUGGCAUCUUAAUUAGUCAAAAAGAAAACAUCAAACAAGAUAUGUUGAGUGUCAAGAACAAAGUUGAUCGAAGUGUAACUCUUCUAUCGAGUUUGUCAUCGGAAAAGGAAAGAUGGGAAUCGGGAAGUCAAACAUUUGAAACACAAAUGGGAACAAUCGUUGGUGAUGUCUUACUUUCAGCGGCGUUCCUUGCCUACGGUGGAUAUUUUGAUCAACAGUAUCGUGAGAUUUUGCUAAAUAAAUGGAUCAGCCAUCUUAUCGACGCCAACGUUCAAUUUAAGAAUGAAAUAUCAUUAACAGAGUAUCUUUCAACAGCCGAUGAUCGGUUAUCUUGGCAAGCAAAUUCACUUCCGGCAGAUGACCUUUGUACCGAAAACGCGAUUAUGCUCAAACGAUUCAACAGAUACCCUCUGAUUAUUGAUCCAUCCGGUCAAGCAACUUCCUUCUUGCUGAACGAAUACAAGAGCAAGAAGAUCACCGUUACAAGUUUCUUGGACGAUUCUUUCAUUAAAAACUUGGAAAGUGCGCUUCGUUUCGGAAAUCCAUUACUCAUUCAGGAUGUCGAACACCUUGAUCCCAUUUUAAAUGCUGUUCUCAACAAGGAAUUGCGUCGUACCGGCGGUCGUGUUUUAAUCCGAUUGGGAGGUCAAGAUAUUGAUUUCUCUCCUUCAUUUACGCUAUAUCUCUCGACGCGUGAUCCUUCUGUAAACUUCCCUCCCGAUGUUUGUUCUCGUGUGACAUUUGUGAACUUUACGGUAACCCGUGGUAGUUUACAAAGUCAAUGUCUCAAUCACGUGCUAAAGGUUGAGAGACCUGAUACCGACAAAAAACGAACAGACCUUAUUAAACUCCAAGGCGAAUUCAAAUUGAAAUUACGUCAUCUCGAGAAAGCACUUUUGCAAGCCUUGAACGAAUCCAAAGGAAACAUUUUGGAUGAUAUCAAAGUUUUGGAUACACUGGAAACAUUAAAGAAAGAGGCUGCAGAUGUCACCCGUCAAGUAGAAAAAACUGACAGCAUUAUGCAAGAGGUCGAGCAGGUGACAGCCCAAUACACUCCACUGGCUCAAGCUUGUAGUUCAGUCUUCUUUGUGAUGGAACAAAUGAAUCUAUUACACCACUUCUAUCAGUUCUCACUUGAAUUCUUUUACGAAAUAUUCCAAUAUAUUCUUCACGGUAAUCCAAACCUCCAGGAUAUUACCGACGUUUCCGAAAGACUAAACAUUCUUAAGCGUGAUCUAUUUUUCGUAUCUUUCCGUCGGGUUUCACGAGCACUUUUACAUGAAGACUAUUUAACAUUCGCGAUAUUGUUAGCACAAAUAAACAUUCGUAGUUCCACUAGUCAGGUGGAUGAUAAUGAAUUUGAUUUCUUGUUGAGUGGAGGUGACGUUGUACCGGGAACAAAGGUUUCUGCAAGAGAAUUAGGACUGAAAGAUGGACUUUUUGACAGCGAUCUACUUUGCAAGAUAAAGGAAUUCUCUACCCUUCCAUGUUUCGCAGACCUUCCAAAAAAUAUUUCCAGCAACACCGAAGAAUGGGUAGAGUUUAUGGAAUUAGAUGCCGCCGAAAAGAACGUACCUGAAUUCUGGGAUAGUUCAUUGCCCGUCACUGUUAUACAGUUGCGCAAAGCGUUGUUGAUGAAAUGCUUCCGUCCGGACAGGCUUAUUCCAGCGGUAUCGGAAUUUGUUUCUAAGUCAAUCGAUCCGACUUUCUUGAAUCAAUCAGAAUUAGACCUUAAGGCACUAGUUCUGGACGAAAUUCAGCCAACCACACCCAUCGCCCUAUGUUCUGUACCUGGAUAUGAUGCAAGUUAUCGUGUUGAAAACUUGGUGGACGAAAUUAAUGUACGUUGCACAUCUGUAGCCAUGGGAUCACAAGAAGGUUUUAACUUGGCCGACCAAGCUAUUGCCGCAUCAGUCAAGAAUGGAAAUUGGGUAUUAUUGAAAAACGUCCAUCUUGCACCUUCCUGGCUCGGUCAAUUAGAGAAGAAAUUACAUAGCAUGAAGCCACAUCAAAACUUUAGGUUAUUCUUAACUAUGGAAACAAAUCCAAAGGUCCCAGUUAAUCUGCUAAGAAUGAGUCGAAUCCUUCUCUUUGAACCUCCACCAGGUAUAAAGGCUAAUCUCUCAGACUCUCUCAAGAGCAUCGCCCCUAGUCGUCUUACAAAGGGACCCACCGAACGUGUCCGUCUCUACUUCAUGCUUUCUUGGUUACACGCCGUUGUUCAAGAACGUCUACGUUAUGUACCUCUGGGUUGGACAAAGAUCUAUGAGUUUAACGACUCCGAUCAAGACUUUGCAAUUAACACCAUUGACGCAUGGUUAGAUUCAGUUGCUCAGGGCAGGUCCAAUAUUGCUCCCGAUAAAAUUCCAUGGGAGGCCAUUCGUACAUUAAUCUGUGUGGCGGGAUACGGAGGUCGUAUCGACAACGAAUUCGAUAAACGUCUCCUAGAAUCAUUUGUGAAUGAAUUAUUCACUCCCGCUGCAUAUGAUUUGGAUUUCCCUCUUGUCGACUCCGACUCUAGUAAUCUGGCUAUACCCGAGGGGAAUAAAAUGAAUAACUUUAUGGAUUGGGUCAAUAACUUACCAGAACGUGAACCUCCUAUAUGGUUGGGUCUGCCAAGUAACGCAGAAAAGGUCUUGGCUACGUCAAAAGGUUACGCGAUGCUUGUAAAAAUCAGAAAAAUGAAGAGUUUGGCCGAUGAUGACGAAACCGAAUAUUCUCAAGAAUCAGGAAAACAAUCCUCUACACAGCCAGCAUGGAUGCGUUCCUUAUAUUCUACUGUUGACAACUGGCUAAAGGCCUUGCCAGAGAAAAUACCACACAUGAACCGCACGCCGGAGAGUAUCAAAAAUCCCCUGUUCCGAUUCUUUGAUCGUGAAAAUUCAAUUGGUCGUAGUCUGCUCAAGAAGAUUCGCCAGGAUUUGGAAGACAUAAAGAAAGUUUGCGAUGGUGAACUCAAACAAACCAACCAUUUGCGUAUGUUACUUAACUGCUUGACCAAAGGUAUUAUUCCUGAUCAUUGGAAGAAGUAUAAGAUCCCUAAAACAGUGUCCCUUAAUCAUUGGGUCGCCGACUUUAAGAGUCGCUUGCAGCAAAUUGAAGGCAUCACUAGGGAAAACGAUUUUUCAAACAUUCAGGUCUGGGUUGGUGGACUUUUCAUGCCAGAAGCGUAUGUCACUGCCACACGCCAGGCGGUAGCUCAAGCACAUAAAUGGUCGCUGGAAGAACUGUCUUUGGAAAUCGAUUUAAAUAAAUACGGUGAUUCCGAUUCUUUCACCAUUUCCGGACUUAAGCUAGCAGGCGCACAAAUGAAAAACAAAGAAGUUCAACUCGAUAUAAACCCAUUAAACAAACUAGAAUUAUCACAAUUGAGAUGGGUCCUUAAAUCAAAUACUUCUCCUGUCAGCGAGACAACUAUAAAUCUUCCGGUUUACCUUAAUGAAGAUCGAAGUGACCUGCUCUUUAUUAUUAAUGCAAACGCGAAAGA